UCUACUGUUACCCAUUCUAGGGUUAGGGUUAGGGUCUCCGUUCACUGGACUUCUUUCGACGCUUGUAAACAUGAUGCAACCAUCCAACGGCGUCGUUCCACCUCAGAUGCCACCUCCGACAAUGGACCAACAGCAGCAGCCGUGGAUGAUGAUGCAGCAGCCACCACCCCAGAUGUGGGCCCAACAGCCGCCGCCCCCGCAUCAGGUGGCGCCACCGCCGCAGCACCCACCCCAGCAGCCUCAGCCCCAUCCCCAUCCCCAACAGCAGAUGCCGCAGUACCAGCCUGCGCAGCCCGCAAGCGCCGACGAGGUUCGUACGCUUUGGAUCGGAGAUUUGCAGUACUGGAUGGAUGAGAACUACAUCAAUGGGUGCUUCGCGCAUACUGGGGAGGUUACUUCUGUGAAACUUAUUCGUAACAAGCAAACUAAUCAAUUAGAGGGUUAUGGUUUUAUUGAAUUUAUUUCUCGUGCUGCUGCUGAAAGAAUUUUGCAGACAUAUAAUGGUAGCCUCAUGCCAAAUGUUGAGCAGAAUUUUAGACUAAACUGGGCUUCUUUUGGAGUGGGUGAAAAACGUCCAGAUAAUACUCCUGAUUUCACAAUUUUUGUUGGAGACCUGGCUUCAGAUGUUACAGAUUACAUGUUACAAGAGACAUUCAGGGUUCACUAUCCCUCAGUUAAGGGUGCUAAGGUUGUGACUGACAGGCUUACUAGCCGCACGAAGGGCUAUGGGUUUGUUAGGUUUGGAGAUGAAAGUGAACAAUUGCGAGCCAUGAACGAGAUGAAUGGAAUGUUCUGUUCCACUAGACCCAUGCGUAUUGGACCAGCUACUACCAAGAAAACUGUUGGCAGUGAGCAAUACCCAAAAGCUUCAUAUCAGAAUUCUCAAGGAACUGAGAACGAGAGUGACCCAAAUAAUACAACUAUAUUUGUUGGUGGUUUAGAUUCCAGCGUCUCAGAUGACCACUUGAGACAAGUUUUUAGCCAAUAUGGCGAGUUAGUUCAUGUUAAAAUACCGGUUGGCAAGCGAUGUGGAUUUGUCCAAUUUGCUGACAGAGCUUGUGCAGAGGAGGCACUGCGGAUGUUAAAUGGAACUCCGUUGGGUGGACAAAAUAUUCGACUCUCAUGGGGUCGGAGUCCUUCAAACAGACAGGAUCCAUCUGUUGGAGCUGUUCAGCCUCAGCCAGAUCCAAACCAAUAUGGUGGAUAUUAUGGAUAUCCACAUGGAUAUGAAACAUAUGGAUAUGCCCCACCUGCGCAAGAUCCUAACAUGUACUAUGGCUACUCUGGAUAUGGAAAUUACCAACAGCCACAGCAGCAGCAGCCGCAGCAGUGAUUUUGAUCAUAAGCCGGGCAGUGGAGUUAAGAGGUCACUUGAAGAUGGAGGCAAAUAUCUUAUUCAUAUCGGAGUAUGCAGAGUUUAGUUUGUUCCAGAUUGACACUGGUAGUAGGGAUUGGCUGCUGCAUCCAAUUCUGUGUGUUAGUGUUGAUAGGUCUUUCUUUAAUGCUGUUCAAUGGAGAGCGGGCCCUGCCUUUCCAGGCGCUUGCAUGGUGUUUACUUUUUCCUUUCUUCCCCCUCUUCUACUCUCAAGUUGUUUGUUAGGCUCUGGGUUUAAUUCACCUAUCCUAUACGUAGACCUAAGUAUUGGCGUUUGAUUGAUACUGUUAUUCUAAUGACUUUCUCUGGAAUUGGUCCUUUGUAAUUUGGCGUUGGAUGGCUUUGGUAAAGUAGGAACUUUCUACAAUGUGGAACUCUUAUUACUCAA